UCCAAGGCCUGCCCCGCCAAGGAGUUCCAGUGCCGUAACAGGAAAUGCGUGGCGCCCAUCUUUGUGUGCGACGGCGACGACGACUGCGGGGAUGGGAGUGAUGAGGAGAAGUGUUCCACCCCCACUUGCGGCCCCCAUGAGUUCCGCUGUAACAACUCGGAGUGCAUCCCGGCCCUGUGGAGCUGUGAUGGGGACCCGGACUGCGGGGAUAAGUCUGAUGAGUCUAUGGAGCGCUGUAGUCGCCGGAAGGAGCCCCAGAAGCCCCGGUGCCCCGAGGGGGAGUUUCAGUGCGGCAGUGGAGAGUGUGUCCACCUCAACUGGAAAUGUGAUGGAGACGCAGACUGCAAGGACAAGUCUGAUGAGGCUGACUGCGGUAAGUCAUCUACUGUAUUUGGGCUUGGGUCACCUGGGGAUGCACACAGGAUGUGGUCGUACAUAUAUACAGUACCGUGAAAAACUAUUUGCCCCCUUCUGAUUUUCUCUAUUCUUGCAUAAUUUUUUAAUAUGUUUUGAAUGUUAUCAGAUCUUCAACCAAAACCUAAUAUUAGAUAAAGGGAACUGAGUGAACAAAUAACACAAAAUGUUUGUACUUAUUUAUUUAAUAAACAAAGUUAUGCAACACCCAAUGACCCUGUGUAGUAAGUAAGUAAUUGUCCCCUUGGAAUGCAGUGUUUGGUUUUCGACAUACAUAACGGGACCCAUGUCAUCCAAACAGUAGACUCAAGUUUGCCAAAAAGCUUAGAAUGACUUCUAUGUAAACAUCACUAUAUCGAUGUACAAUCAAUAUAUGUGGAUAUAUGUGGAUGGAUUUGUGAGUGGCGUAGUGGUCUUAGGCACUGCAUCGCAGUGCUAGCUGUGCCACUAGAGAUCCUGGUUCGAAUCCAGGCUCUGUCGUAGCCGUCCGCGACCGGGAGACCCAUGGGGCGGCGCACAAUUGGCCCAGCGUCGUCCAGGGUAGGGGAGGGAAUGGCCGGCAGGGAUGUAGCUCAGUUGGUAGAGCAUGGCGUUUGCAACGCCAGGGUUGUGGGUUCGAUUCCCACGGGGGGCCAGUAUGAAAAAAUAAAUAAUGUAUGCACUCACUAAACUGUAAGUCACUCUGGAUAAGAGCGUCUGCUAAAAAAUUACAACAACAAAAAAAAUAAGCGUUGUGUGUGUUUGAGCAUCUUUAUCUGUGCGUGCCUGUGUGUAUGCAGCAGGUUGACGUUUAUUGUCACAAAUCUUGCCCUGGAGGCAAAACUGAGCAAUUUCCGCUAGAUGGGCCAGCUGCAAAGUCAAAAUUGGCUAUAUUGUAACAAUUCAUGAAAACAAACAUUUGCUUUUGUAUUACUUUGUGGCUGUGCUAGCUAGUGACCACUGCAGAGCUGCCUCCAGAGCAAGAUUCAGGACGAGAAAUGCUAACCUGCGUGUAUGCAUGGAUGAUGUGGUAUCAAAGGCCAGCUGAGACUUCUGUUAUGGUGCCCGGUGAUAAUAAGCUCCACGCUGGAAACACCACGGCAAUCAGUUGAGUUGGUUGCCAUGCAACAGUGUGACGAUUGGAACAGUGGAGAGCCCUUGAGAGGGAGUGAGGCUACUCACAACCUGGCUCUCUCUCCCUGAGUAACACACUGUUCUCAACCCCAGAGACCACUCAAUAAUAACACGCUGAUCACAAAGACAGGGAUGAAAUCAGCAGGGUUUCAGACUUUUUAAAUUAUUUUGGUGUUGGAGCAUACCUUAAUGAUCAAAAUCAAUAUCGUUAUCAAAACGUAAUACAUAGUGCUAUCAUGGGUACUGUAUAUUUAGAAGUUAUACUGCCUGGUCCAGAAACAAUGUGUGUGCUGUAUUAUCAUUAGCUGAGCUCAGAUCCCAAUCACUGGACUGAUAGCAUCAGCACAUUAUGAUACACUAGGAUUAUGCUGGUUAUGCUGGUUUUAACAUCAAGGGGGUCUUUGUUUUUAUUGGAGUGUGAAGCAUUGUGUUUGGGGAGGCUUUUCAGCGAGUGUGUGUGUGUGUGUGUGUGUGUGUGUGUGUGUGUGUGUGUGUGUGUGUGUGUGUGUGUGUGUGUGUGUGUGCAUGUGUGUGUGUGCCUCCCGUCUUGUCCUAUGGUGUACAUUACAUCUCCAAAGUGCAUACCAUGAAUAAUUAAAGCAGCAGUUAAAGAGAUGAAUGGGUAAAAUAAACCUUCCCCUAUACUACUGCUAGAACAGCACAGCACACACACACACACACACACACACACACACACACACACACACACACACACACACACACACAGAGCACAAACAACAGAACAAAGCAGAGCAGAGGAGUCUUGGGUGUGUGUUUUACCCAGACAGUGAGUAAAUACCUCCCAGCUUCUCAUUUCCACAGCAUUUCUCUGGUGCAGAGGGAAACAGGGGGAGUAGGGGUGAGUUGUAUGUAUGAGUGAUUACUGGUGAAUUGAAAUGCACUCUGUUUUGGCCCAAACCCAAGAUGAAACACACACUUUUUCACUGGGGUAAUUUCAUCUUUGAAAGGAUACCGUGUUGGGGUUGGAUCUCUAGAGAGAUAGAGAGAAAGUUGGAUGAUGCCCUGGUGAAUUAACUGUGUGUGUGUAUGCUCUGUGUUCAUUUUUUUUUUCUCACUCUCUCCCGCUCUCUCUCUCUCGCUCUGUGUCUGUGUGUGUUCUAUCUUGCACAGCUCUGCUGACCUGCCGUCCAGAUGAGUUCCAGUGUGGUGAUGGAUCCUGUAUUCAUGGCACCAAGCAGUGUAACGGGGUCCAUGACUGUCCUGACUUCAGUGAUGAGGCUGGCUGUAUCAACGGUGGGUUGGCCUUACUGACCAUCCCGUCUUCCCCUUUGUCUUCCUCCAUGCCCAGUAGUACUCCCCUUACUGUCUCUCUAGGUCCCCAAGAACACAGUGGCCUCCAUCCUUCUUAAAUGGAAGAAGUUUGGAACCUCCAAGACUCUUCCUAGAGCUGGCCACCCGGCCAAACUGAGCAAUCGGGGGAGAAGGGCCUUGGUCAGGGAGGUGACCAAGAACCUGAUGGUCACUCUGACUGAGCUCCAGAGUUCCUCUAUGGAGAUGGGAGAACUUUCCUGAAGGACAACCAUCUCUGCAGCACUCUACCAAUCAGGCCUUUAUGGUAGAGUGGCCAGAUGGAAGCCAUUCCUCAGUAAAAGGCACAUGACAGCCUACUUGGAGUUUGCCAAAAGGCACCUAAAGACUCUCAGACCAUGAGAAACAAGAUUCUCUGGUCUGAUGAAACCAAGAUUGAACUCUUUGGCCUGAAUUCCUAAUGUCACGUCUGGAGGAAACCUGGCACCAUCCCUACGGUGAAGCAUGGUGGUGGCAGCAUCAUGCUGUGGGGAUGUUUUUCAGUGGCAGGGACUGGGAGACUAGUCAAGAUCGAGGGAAAGAUGAUCUGAGCAAAGUACAGAGAGAACCUUAAUGAAAACCUGCUAACAGGACAACGACCCUAAGCACACAGCCAAGACAAUGCGGGAGUGGCUUCGGGACAAGUCUCUGUAGGUCCUUGAGUGGCCGAGCCAGAGCCCUGACUUGAACCCGAUCUAACAUCUCUGGAAAGACCUGAAAAUAGCUGUGCAGUGACGCUCCCCAUCCAACCUGACAGAGCAUGAGAGGAUCUGCAGAAAAUAAUAGGAGAAACUCCCCAAAUACAGGUGUGCCAAGCUUGUAGGGUCAUACCCAAGACGACUCAAGGCUGCAAUCGCUGCCAAAGGUGCUUCAAGAAAGUACUGAGUAAAGGGUCUGAAUACUAAUGUGAAUGUGAUAUUUCAGUAUUCAAUUUUUAAUAAAUUAGCAAAUAAUUCGAAAAUAAAGUUUUUGCUUUGUCAUUAUGGGGUAUUGUUUGUAGAUUGAUGAGGGAAAAAAACAAUUUAAUCAAUUUUAGAAUAAGGCUAAAAACUUAACAAAAUGUGGAAAAAGUCAACGGGUCUGAAUACAUUCUGAAUACAUACACAUAAACACACAUACAUAUACAGUGGGGAAAAAAAGUAUUUAGUCAGCCACCAAUUGUGCAAGUUCUCCCACUUAAAAAGAUGAGAGAGGCCUGUAAUUUUCAUCAUAGGUACACGUCAACUAUGACAGACAAAUUGAGAAAAAAAAUCCAGAAAAUCACAUUGUUGGAUUUUUAAUGAAUUUAUUUGCAAAUUAUGGUGGAAAAUAAGUAUUUGGUCACCUACAAACAAGCAAGAUUUCUGUCUCUCACACACCUGUAAACACCUUAAGAGGCUCCUCUGUCCUCCACUCGUUACCUGUAUUAAUGGCACCUGUUUGAACUUGUUAUCAGUAUAAAAGACACCUGUCCACAACCUCAAACAGUCACACUCCAAACUCCACUAUGGCCAAGACCAAAGAGCUGUCAAAGGACACCAGAAACAAAAUUGUAGACCUGCACCAGGCUGGGAAGACUGAAUCUGCAAUAGGUAAGCAGCUUGGUUUGAAGAAAUCAACUGUGGGAGCAAUUAUUAGGAAAUGGAAGACAUACAAGACCACUGAUAAUCUCCCUCGAUCUGGGGCUCCAUGCAAGAUCUCACCCCGUGGGGUCAAAAUGAUCACAAGAACGGUGAGCAAAAAUCCCAGAACCACACGGGGGGACCUAGUGAAUGACCUGUAGAGAGCUGGGACCAAAGUAACAAAGCCUACCAUCAGUAACACACUACGCCGCCAGGGACUCAAAUCCUGCAGUGCAAGACGUGUCCCCCUGCUUAAGCCAGUACAUGUCCAGGCCCGUCUGAAGUUUGCUAGAGUGCAUUUGGAUGAUGCAGAAGAGGAUUGGGAGAAUGUCAUAUGGUCAGAUGAAACCAAAAUAGAACAUUUUGGUAAAAACUCAACUCGUCAUGUUUGGAGGACAAAGAAUGCUGAGUUGCAUCCAAAGAACACCAUACCUACUGUGAAGCAUGGGGGUGGAAACAUCAUGCUUUGGGGCUGUUUUUCUGCAAAGGGACCAGGACGACUGAUCCGUGUAAAGGAAAGAAUGAAUGGGGCCAUGUAUCGUGAGAUUUUGAGUGAAAACCUCCUUCCAUCAGCAAGGGCAUUGAAGAUUAAAUGUGGCUGGGUCUUUCAGCAUGACAAUGAUCCCAAACACACCGCCCGGGCAACGAAGGAGUGGCUUCGUAAGAAGCAUUUCAAGGUCCUGGAGUGGCCUAGCCAGUCUCCAGAUCUCAAGCCCAUAGAAAAUCUUUGGAGGGAGUUGAAAGUCUGUGUUGCCCAGCGACAGCCCCAAAACAUCACUGCUCUAGAGGAGAUCUGCAUGGAGGAAUGGGCCAAAAUACCAGCAACAGUGUGUGAAAACCUUGUGAAGACUUACAGAAAACGUUUGACCUGUGUCAUUGCCAACAAAGGGUAUAUAACAAAGUAUUGAGAAACUUUUGUUAUUGACCAAAUACUUAUUUUCCACCAUAAUUUGCAAAUAAAUUCAUUAAAAAUCCUACAAUGUGAUUUUCUGGAGAAAAAAAAAUCUCAUUUUGUCUGUCAUAGUUGACGUGUACCUAUGAUGAAAAUUACAGGCCUCUCUGAUCUUUUUAAGUGGGAGAACUUGCACAAUUGGUGGCUGACUAAAUACUUUUUUCCCCCACUGUUGGAAAUAGGGUGCCAUUUGGGUGGGAACCAGGGGGUUCCCCCGAGGGGACACAUCUCUCUGAUCCACACUGCUUUAAUGAUAUUAAGGUGAAUCGUAGCUGUUGCAAAACAAUGGCUCAAUACACCGGGCCAUGAGAUGUGGGAUGCGGAGUCAAGUACUACAGCUCAUCGUUGUUGCUAUCGAGAGGCUGCUCUUGACCAAAUAAUUUUCCCUAAAUAUAAUUAUUCCUCAGAAUAUGAUAAUGCCCUGGAUGUCAGCACAGCACCCGUACACUAUUCUAUCAUUAUUGACCUGUGUCAACUAUUGACCUGUGUCAUUGCCAACAAAGGGUAUAUAACAAAGUAUUGAGAAACUUUUGUUAUUGACCAAAUAAAUACUUAUUUUCCACCAUAAUUUGCAAAUAAAUUCAUUAAAAAUCCUACAAUGUGAUGUUCUGGAUUUUUUUUUCUCAUUUUGUCUGUCAUAGUUGACCUGUACCUAUGAUGAAAAUUACAGGCCUCUCUCAUCUUUUUAAGUGGGAGAACUUGCACAAUUGGUGGCUCACUAAAUACUUUUUUCCCCACUGUAUAAAUACACAGUACCAGUAAAAAGUUUGGUUUUCUACAUUGUAGAAUAAUAGUUAAGACAUCAAAACUAUGAAAUAACACAUAAGGAAUCAUUUAGUAACCAAAUAAGUGUUAAACAAAUCAAUAUUUUAGAUUUUAGAUUCUUCAAAGUAGCCACCCUUUGCCUUGAUGACAGCUUGGCAUUUUGUCAACCAGCUUCACUUGGAAUGCUUUUCCAACAGUCUUAAAGGAGUUCCCACAUAUGCUGAGCACUUGUUGGCUGCUUUUCCUUCACUCUGUGGUCCAACUCAUCCCAAACCAUCUCAAUUCUGUUGAGGUCGGGUGAUUGUGGAGGCCAGGUCAUCUGAUGCAGCACUCCAUAACUCUCCUUGUUGGUCAAAUAGCCCUUACACAGCCUGGAGGUGUGUUUGGUCAUUGUCCUGUUGAAAAACAAAUGAUAGUCCCACUAAGCGCAAACCAGAUGGGAUGGUGUAUCACUGCAGAAUGCUGUGGUAGCCAUGCUGGUUAAGUGUUCCUUUAAUUCUAAAUAAAUCACAGAUUUUGUCACCAUUAAAGUACCACCACACCAUCACACCUCCUCCUCUGUGCUUUACGGUGGGAACUACACAUGGAGAGGUCAUCCAUUCACCUACUCUGCGUCUCACAAAGACACGGCAGUUGGAACCCAAAAUAUCACAUUUGGAUUCCAGACCAAAGGACAAAUUUCCACCGGUCUAACGUCCAUUGCUCGUGUUUCUUGGCCCAAGCAGGUCACUUCUUCUUAUUGGUGUCGUUUAGUAGUGGUUUCUUUGCAGCAAUUCGAUCAUGAAAGCCUGAUUCACACGGUCUCCUCUGAACAGCUGAUGUUGAGAUGUGUCUGUUACUUGAACUCUGUGAAGCAUUUAUUUAUGCUGCUAUUUCUGAGGCUGAUAAUUCCAAUGAAUUUAUCCUCUGCAGCAGAGGUAAUUCUGGGUCUUCCUCUCCUUUGGCGGUCCUCAUGAGAGCCAGUUUCAUCAUAGCACUUGAUUUUUUUUGCGACUGCACUUGAAGAAAGUUAUUUCCAGAUUGACUGACCUUCAUAUCUUAAAGUAAUGAUGGACUGUCGUUUCUCUUUGCUUUUUUGAGCUGUUCUUGCCAUAAUAUGGACUUUGUAUUUUACCAAAUAGGGCUAUCUUCUGUAUACCACCCCUACCUUGUCGCAACACAACUGAUUGGCUCAAACACAUUAAGAAGGAAAGAAAUUCCACAGAUUAACCUUUUACAAGGCACACCUGUUAAUAGAAAUGCAUUCCAGGUAACUACCUCAUGAAGCUGGUUGAGAGAAUGUCAAAAGUGUGCAAAGCUGUCAUCAAGGCAAAGGGUGGCUACCUUGAAGAAUCUCAAAUAUAAAAUAUGUUUUGAUUUGUUUAACACUUUUUUUGGUUACUACAUGAUUCCAUAUGUGUUAUUUCAUAGUGUUGACGUCUUCACUAUUAUUCUACAAUGUAGAAAGUAGUAAAAAUCAAGAAAAACCCUUGAAUGAGGAGGUGUGUCCAAACUUUUGACUGGUACUGUAUAUAUAUAUAUAUAUAUAUAUAUAUAUAUAUAUAUAUAUAUAUAUAUAUAUAUAUAUAUAUAUACCUACAGUGAGGGAAAAAAGUAUUUUAGCCCCUGCUGAUUUUGUACGUUUGCCCACUGACAAAGACAUGAUCAGUCUAUAAUUUCAAUGGUAGGUUUAUUUGAACAGUGAGAGACAGAAUAACAACAAAAAUAUCCAGAAAAACGCAUGUCAAAAAUGUUAUAAAUUGAUUUGCAUUUUAAUGAGGGAAAUAAGUAUUUGACCCCUCUGCAAAACAUGACUUAGUACUUGGUGGCAAAACCCUUGUUGGCAAUCACAGAGGUCAGACGUUUCUUGUAGUUGGCCACCAGGUUUGCACACAUCUCAGGAGGGAUUUUGUCCCACUCCUCUUUGCAGAUCUUCUCCAAGUCAUUAAGGUUCGAGCCUGACGUUUGGCAACUCAAACCUUCAGCUCCCUCCACAGAUUUUCUAUGGAUUAAGGUCUGGAGACUGGCUAGGCCACUCCAGGACCUUAAUGUGCUUCUUCUUUAGCCACUCCUUUGUUGCCUUGGCCGUGUGUUUUGGGUCAUUGUCAUGCUGGAAUACCCACCCACGACCCAUUUUCAAUGCCCUGGCUGAGGGAAGGAGGUUCUCACCCAAGACAUGGCCCCGUCCAUCGUCCCUUUGAUGCGGUGAAGUUGUCCUGUCCCCUUAGCAGAAAAACACCCCCAAAGCAUAAUGUUUCCACCUCCAUGUUUGACGGUGGGGAUGGUGUUCUUGGGGUCAUAGGCAGCAUUCCUCCUCCUCCAAACACGGCGAGUUGAGUUGAUGCCAAAGAGCUCCAUUUUGGUCUCAUCUGACCACAAGACUUUCACCCAGUUCUCCUCUGAAUCAUUCAGAUGUUCAUUGGCAAACUUCAGACGGGCCUGUAUAUGUGCUUUCUUGAGCAGGGGGACCUUGCUGACGCUGCAGGAUUUCAGUCCUUCACGGCGUAGUGUGUUACCAAUUGUUUUCUUGGUGACUAUGGUCCCAGCUGCCUAGAGAUCAUUGACAAGAUCCUCCCGUGUAGUUCUGGGCUGGUUCCUCACCGUUCUCAUGAUCAUUGCAACUCCACGAGGUGAGAUCUUGCAUGGAGCCCCAGGCCGAGGGAGAUUGACAUUUAUUUUGUGUUUCUUCCAUUUGCGAAUAAUCGCACCUACUGUUGUCACCUUCUCACCAAGCUGCUUGGCGAUGGUCUUGUAGCCCAUUCCAGCCUUGUGUAGGUCUACAAUCUUGUCCCUGACAUCCUUGGAGAGCUCUUUGGUCUUGGCCAUGGUGGAGAGUUUGGAAUCUGAUUGAUUGCUUCUGUGGACAGGUGUCUUUUAUACAAGUAACAAACUGAGAUUAGGAGCACUCCCUUUAAGAGUGUGCUCCUAAUCUCAGCUCGUUACCUGUAUAAAAGACACCUGGGAGCCAGAAAUCUUUCUGAUUGAGAGGGGGUCAAAUACUUAUUUCCCUCAUUAAAAUGCAAAUCAAUUUAUAACAUUUUUGACACGUUUUUCUGGAUUUUUUUGUUGUUAUUCUGUCUCUCAUUUUAAAAUAAACCUACCAUUAAAAUUAUAGACUGAUCAUUUCUUUGUCAGUGGGCAAACGUACAAAAUCAGCAGGGGAUCAAAUACUUUUUUCCCUCACUGUAUAUAUAUACAUAUAAUUUUUUUAUAUGUUUUCCUUUAUUAUUUUCCACUAAUUGUACCACCCUUCCCCUAAUUGGAGUAAACUAAUGAACAACAACACUUAGGCUUCUACUUCCAGUUUAUGCAUGCUAUUUACAUUUUACGGACACAAUCUAUUUUUAAAUAGUUAUAUUUUGUUUGUUUUUAGUGCUGUUCUUCCUCUUCCCUCAACCCAUCUAUUUCUGAUGUCCAUCCAGUUUGAUUUCUAUUUGCCAUAUAUUUUUAACUGUGCUGUUUCACAAAAGUUCUGAACCUAUAUACAUUUUACGGACACAGUAUAUUUUACAUGAGUUAUCUUGUCGUUAUUAGUCCCAUCCUUCAGUUCCAUUCAACCCCUCCCAUCUUUUUCUUAACACCAUCCAUAUUGGAUUUCUAUUUGCCAUAUAUACAUUUGUGAUGUUUCACAAAAGUUCUGAACCUUUCUAUUCUCAUAGUUUCUACAGAUUGUAAAUUAAAGAUACACAUUUUAGCUAAAAGUAAUAAUAUAUUAUUGAUCGAUUGACUAUGACUUUUCAGAUCACCCAGUAGUGCUAUCUGCAGGGUUAGCUCCAGGUAAAUGUUUCAAUUCAUCAGCCAUUCCUGGACCUGUGACCAAAAACAAGCUACAUAUGGACAGUACCAAAAUAAAUGAUCUAAUGACUCUGUCUCUUCGCAGCUGUCAGCAACAGGUGUGGCUGAAAUAGCCAAAUCCACUAAUUUGAAAGGGUGCCCACAUACUUUUGUAUAUAUAGUGUAUUUUGUAGUAUUACACUAUCAUCUUCUCAACUGCAGGGACAGAGUGCUAAGCUACCAAAUUAUAAUUGUUACUUAUUGUAUAACCCCGCCCCCAGGCUAAUAGCAGUGUCUGGGAACCAGAUGACUUAUGUUAUGCUAUCUGGCCCGAGGAAUUAGAGCUGGGAUAUGCAUUGGAAAUCAAACACUUGUUGUAAGCUUUUGCAAGGUAAUGAUCCGUGUAUUUUCGACCCUCUCUUUUUUUCCAGCCACUAAGUGUGAUGGCCCCAGGAAGUUUAUGUGCAAGAAUGGAGAGUGUAUCGACAGCAGCAAGGUGUGUGAUGCCGUCAAAGACUGCAAGGAUUGGUCAGACGAACCUAUGAAGGAGUGCGGUAAGACAGACACACACACACGCAUGCAUCCACGCACGCCGGCACACACCCAACCCAUACACACACCUAUUAGGAUCCACUUGAUCCAGAUGGUCACUCUGUUUGUAAUCGGAGCUUCAUUUUAUCUAGGGGGAAUAAAUCAGGACAAUUCUCAGCUCGCUCGUUACCGUCAAAGACCAACUCUUCCCCCGAGUGUGUCCACGGCAAGGAAACAUGCUCAGACUACAUUACCCAUAAGGCACCAUAUGGAUUAGCGCUCCACCAUAGAUAAUACACAAGCAAUUUUGUUUUGGCAAUAUUGCUGAAGAAAAUUGCUGGCAACGGAGAGGGGUAUGAGACACUGGAGAAAUUAUGAGCAAUGAGCAACAUGGACUUGAAUAAUAGAUGUCAUAUGAAGCAUAGAUCUUUAAAACGGAAUUUCACCAUUAAUUUACUAAUCAACUAUAACUUGUUAUUGCCAGUUGACUGCCACAGCUGUACUGAAAUUCAUCAGCUAACAAACAAGCAAUCAGGAGGUGUUACCCCUGCUCUGUCCAUCCACUCAACCUGCUGCCAGUCAAGUCAAUGGCAAUGCAGACGUGAAGAUAACUAGAUUUAGCAAACUUCAUUAUCAUAAGCUAGAAAGAUGGUGCGUGCAUAUGCAUUCACCCCCUUUGCUACGAAGCCCCUAAAUAAGAUCUGGUGCAACCAAUUACCUUCAGAAGUCACAUAAUUAGUUAAAUAAAGUCCACCUGUGUGCAAUCUAAGUGUCACAUGAUCUGUCACAUGAUCUCAGUAUAUAUACACCUGUUCUGAAAGGCCCCAGAGUCUGCAACACCACUAAGCAAGGGGCACCACCAAGCAAGUGGCACCAUGAAGACCAAGGAGGUCUCCAAACAGGUCAGGGACAAAGUUGUGGAGAAGUACAGAUCAGGGUAGGGUUAUAAAAAAAUAUCAGAAACUUUGAACAUCCCACGGAGCACCAUUAAAUCCAUUAUAAAAAAAAUUGAAAGAAUAUGGCACCACAACAAACCUGCCAAGAGAGGGCCGCCCACCAAAACUCACGGACCAGGCAAGGAGGGCAUUAAUCAGAGAGGCAACAAAGAGACCAAAGAUAACCCUGAAGGAGCUGCAAAGCUCCACAGUGGAGAUUGGAGUAUCUGUCAAUAGGACCACUUUAAGCCGUACACUCCACAGAGCUGGGCUUUACGGAAGAGUGGCCAGAAAAAAGCCAUUGCCUAAAGAAAGAAAUAAGCAAACAUGUUUGGUGUUCGCCAAAAGCCAUGUGGUAGACUCCCCAAACAUAUGGAAGAAGGUACUCUGGUCAGAUGAGACUAAAAUUGAGCUUUUUGGCCAUCAAGGAAAACGCUAUGUCUGGCGCAAACCCAACACCUCUCUGAUUAAUGCCCUCCUUGCCUGGUCCGUGAGUUUUGGUGGGCGGCCCUCUCUUGGCAGGUUUGUUGUGGUGCCAUAUUAAUUCCAUUUUAUAAUAAUGGAUUUAAUGGUGCUCUGUGGGAUGUUCAAAGUUUCUGAUAUUUUUUUAUAACCCUACCAUGAUCUGUACUUUGCCACAACUUUGUCCCUGACCUGUUUGGAGAGCUCCUUGGUCUUCAUGGUGCCGCUUGCUUGGUGGUGCCCCUUGCUUAGUGGUGUUGCAGACUCUGGGGCCUUUCAGAACAGGUGUAGAUAUACUGAGAUCAUGUGACUGAUCAUGUGACACUUAGAUUGCACACAGGUGGACUUUAUUUAACUAAUUAUGUGACUUCUGAAGGUAAUUGGUUACUCCAGAUCUUAUUUAGGGGCUUCGUAGCAAAGGGGGUGAAUAGAUAUGCACACACCACUUUUCCGUUAUUAAUUUUUGUAAGUUAUUUUUUUCAUUUCACUUUUUUCAUUUCACUCACAAAUCCAUUUAAAUUACAGGUUGUGAUGCAACAAAAUAGGACGACAUGGUGCUUCCAAAUAAAAAUUAUUUAGGAACAUAGACCCCCAAAAUGGUAGCACUGUAAAUCCCUUCUUAUGGGAGGGAGGGAGGGAGGGUGACGGGGAGACAGGAAAAUAGUGGGAUAAAGUGAUAUAAGGAAGGAUGGAGAUAGGUAGAGAGAGAAAGAGGAGGGGAGGGAGGGUAAGGGAGGAUGGAUACUGAAAGGGGAACAUAAUGAAAGAGAGGGAAGGUAAGGAGGAGGGAUGGAUAAAGGGAUGGAUAGAGCUACCUGUAUGAAGGGGAAGAAGAGGGGCGGAGCGAGGGAUAAGGAGGAGGAAUGGAUAAAAGGAUAGGAAGGUAAGGAGUAGGGAUGGAUAAAGGAAGGUAAGGAGUAGGGAUGGAGAGAUGGAUAGGAGUAGGGAUGGAUAAAGGAAGGUAAGGAGUAGGGAUGGAGAGAUAGAGGGAUAGGAGUAGGGAUGGAUAAAGGAAGGUAAGGAGUAGAGAUGGAGAGAUGGAGGGAUAGGAGUAGGGAUGGAUAAAGGAAGGUAAGGAGUUGGGAUGGAUAGAUGGAUAGGAGUAGGGAUGGAUAAAGGAAGGUAAGGAGUUGGGAUGGAUAGAGGGAUAGGAGUAGGGAUGGAUAAAGGAAGGUAAGGAGUUGGGAUGGAUAGAGGGAUAGGAGGAGGGAUGAUAGAGGGAUAGGAGGAGUGAUGAUAGAGGGAUAGGAGGAGUGAUGAUAGAGGGAUAGGAGGAGGGAUGGAUAGAGGGAUAGGAGGAGGGAUGGAUAGAGGAUAGGAGGAGUGAUGAUAGAGGGAUAGGAGGAGGGAUGGAUAGAGGGAUAGGAGGAGUGAUGAUAGAGGGAUAGGAGGAGUGAUGAUAGAGGAAUAGGAGGAGUGAUGAUAGAGGGAUAGGAGGAGUGAUGAUAGAGGGAUAAGAGGAGGGAUGGAUAGAGGGAUAGGAGGAGGGGGAGGGAUGAAUGGAUAGAGGGAUAAGGGGAGGAAAGCUGCUUCCCAAAGGAAAUCAGAUUAGAGAGGGGCACCUGGUGCGAAGCCACCCCCUUCUGAGCCCCAGUGCAUUCUGGAACGGUUCCAGGUGUCUGAUAGCAUCACAUUCCCCUAGAGGCGACCCCAGACACACACACACACACACAUAGACCAAUAUCUUGGUUGUUUUAUUUAUGUUUCACUCCCCUCCCUCCCUUCCUCUAUUUCUCCUUUCAUCCCUCUCUUUCUAGGUGUGAAUGAGUGUGCAGACAACAAUGGAGGCUGCUCUCACAUCUGCAGAGACCGGAGGAUCGGCUAUGAGUGUGACUGUCCCUCUGGUUACAAACUAAUAGACAAGAAGACCUGUGGAGGUAGAGUCCCAUACAAUAUGUCCCUCUCAGCCAAGCCUUACCAAUGAUUGCGCUCUCUGGAAAUUGCUCUCUCAAUCUCCCACGUCAUUCUCUUCUCAUACUCUCUCUUUCCAAACAGUAGCUACUUACAGUAAAUGUCCCAGAUAUCUCUACUCUGCUGUCCAUCCCCUUGUUCAGUGUAAUUGAUGUGUUUCUGAUAUCCCUCCUCAGACAUAGAUGAGUGUGAGAACCCUGGGGCCUGCAGCCAGAUCUGCAUCAACUACAAAGGAGACUACAAGUGUGAAUGUUACGAGGGCUAUGAGAUGGACCCCAACACCAAGACCUGCAAGGCCGUGGGUGAGUGAGACAGCCCAUAGUGUCCCUGGCAACCACAGAAGAAACAUAGACACACAUACAUUCACACAAGCAUGCACACGCACACGCACACACACACACAACCCAGCAACAUCACAGUCUGUUCUCAGCCCAUCCAAUAUGAAAGGAGUUUCUUUGUAUGCAGGUCUAGCACACCACAGCAAUCUGCGGUCGGUAAGGCAAAUAUUUGCCGUUUGCUUCUCUGGGUGGUAAUUUAAAACUCUCCCUUGCUAGGGGGGCCUGUCAGGGCACUGUAGGACACAGACAGGUAUUGUCCCUCACCGUGCCCCACUGUAAACACUCGAGCCUGGGCAUGAAUAGAAAUCUAUGCCCUAGUCUUAACUUUGGGCCCUCUCUCAGACUCAGAUUGUAGAGAAAGACAUGGUCUGUGAUUAGCAUCAUCAUUCUUAGGUUAGAUCAUUACGUGGUAAACUGGCGUGGUAAUGAUGGGAAUUAAGUAGGAACUGGCUCGGCUUUGCUCUAAGUGGCGUGGAAAAUGCCAUUGAUUACCUUCCAUCCGAGAACGCACGUCUUUAUUACUGUUAGAGUGAGCAAAUACACGCUGUCAGAAAGCUGGGGCGGUUUAUUGUUAGAGCGGAGUGGAGGGGGAGGUGGACGUUGAUGUCUGUGUGUUAUUAUAAUAGUUCCUUGUAGGGCUG